UGUCUUCGGCCACGGCAAAGUCGUAAGUGUAUCGUGCUUUAACGUCUCCAGUUUUCGGAUUUCCUGAUAUUACAAUACGGAUGUAUAACACGGAAUCAUCACAACUUUAUAAAAUAACAUUGCAUCAUUAGUAAUUUCUUCCUUUAUGGCCAUGCGAUUUUUGUACUAUCGCCUCCUCGUUACGCGCUCUUAAUCAACAUUUGCCAACUCCAUCCGCGACUCUUAUACAACUGACCAAAACCACAUUAUGAAGAUAAAAAAACGUUUCGUUGUGUUUAUUUUUUUUAUUAUAAUUUCUUUGUUCCUCGUUUUCUCCAACGACGAGAUUAUGCGGAGUCUCCAGCUUUCAAUUCUGAGUCAAUCUAUUCACAGGGAUAUAUCUUGUUACCAAAAACUUUCAACCAAAGACAGUUUUCCACGAUUUGACAUUCAUAAAGAAAAUAUAAGAUUAGCAGCUGGAAGGAACAUAUUUUUCCAUGAAACGUCGUGUUUCGGAGAAUUGGGACAUGCAGAACUCAAUUACCGUCAGGCAUGUGCCGUCGAAUCAGCUGCUCGUAUGAAUCCAAACAUGUUAGUGAACCUGCUGUUCCUCAGCCCUUCAUCGCCUUCCAAUCGCACGAGUUUAAUACUGGAAAAAUUACUUGAAUACGAAAACGUGAGAGUCAAUCGGGUCCAGAUAAACGAAUAUGUCAUGGGCACGCCGAUCGAACAAUGGUUUGCUAUUAAUAUUUUGGAAACUAGCAAUUGGCCCAGGAGUCAUAUGUCCGACAUCAUGAGGUUCCUUACACUCUGGAAAUACAGCGGUAUUUAUUUGGAUCUUGAUGUCGUCGUUACCAGCUCUUUGGAAGAUCUAACAGAUUUCGCAGGAGCUGAAGAUUGGAUAGACGUUGCCGCAGGUGUAAUUGGUUUUAGUCGAACAGAAUUAGGACGAAGUAUAGCGAAUGCCUGUAUUCAAGAUUUGAUGAAAAACUUUCGCGGAAAUCUUUGGGGAAAUAACGGGCCUGGCGUCAUCACAAGAACAUUACAGAAAUUCUGUGCAGUUCAGCAUGUAAAAGAUAUGACGUCGAUUCAUUGUAAGGGUUUUAAGGUGUUUCCGCCUGCUGUAUUCUAUCCUAUAUUCUACAAAGAUUGGAAAGAUUACUUCAGUACGAAAAAUAUUAAUGAAACUAUGAAUGUUGGUAGUAAAGUACCUUAUGCGUUAAUAGCCGAAAAAUAUUGCCCCAAUGUAUACGAAAGCUGCGGCUCUAUUUUUUAAAACUGUCUGCGAUCGUAAUUAAAUUAAAGACGUAUU